UAAUCUAUUACCGUCGCAGUAACGAGUAGACAGUUAGACACUAGACAGUUCUGUCGUCAGCAAAACAAACCAGUUCUCAUUUUGGCAUAUUUAUUAUAAAGCGAAAAGCUCCAAUUACUAAUUUCAAUGUUAAAUUGUUAUAAAUAUAUCUAAAUCUGAAAGAUGCUGCUAAGACGUUUUACACGUUCCCUGUGGAACUCUUCGAGGUUCGAAAAAAGGUUCCUGGUGUCUGAACCAGCUAAACCUGAACCUGAUAUGUUAGAUGGCGUUGAACCUGUACAGGCCGAAGCUCUAGAUAAGGAUAUAUGUCUGCUAGUUGAUGAAAAAGAUAAUAUUAUAGGAACAGCUCCCAAAAAGGACUGUCACAAGGUUGGGCCAGACGGCAGUAUCUUAUUACACAGAGCUUUCAGCCUGUUUCUAUUCAACAAAAGAGGAGACAUGUUUUUACAAAGGAGAUCAAGCCAAAAAGUGACAUAUCCGGACUAUUAUACAAAUGCCUGCUGUAGUCAUCCCCUCUACAUUGAUGGCAAACCUGAAGACAUAAUAACAGCGGCCAGACGUAGAGUAAAUUUUGAACUCGGCAUACCAAUGGAACAGUUGGAUCCUGAGCUGUUCACGUUACUGACACGUGUUCAUUACCACGACCCUGGCGACGGCGUCUGGGGUGAACACGAGAUUGAUUACAUACUGUUCCUGCAAGCUGAUGUGAAAGUUAAGCCAAAUCCCAACGAGAUAUCUGAGUACUGUUACGUGCCCAAAAACGAAUUCAACGCCUUCCUGCCAACGUUGGAAGGUCCGAUCACGCCAUGGUUGAACAUGGUCCGCCGACAUCGACUUAAACUAUGGUGGGACAAUCUUCAUCGCCUCAAGGAAUUGGCUGAACCUGAUAAAAUACAUAAAUUCCUUAACGAGAAAUAAUAUAUAUAAAAAUUCAAUUUUCUUUCUGGCUGUAUGGCAUUUUUAAUGUUUAAGUUCAAUUGUACCUCUUUAUAUUUAUUAUUAUUAUUAUUAUCUGUAUAUCUUAAAUAUACCAAAAUAGGUGCUUGGAAGUUUUUUAUCAUUGUUUGCGUUGUUUUCUAUCAUAGACUGCAAAUAUAAUAUCAAACGUAUGAAAGUAAAAAAAUAAACAUAUUAUACGAUGUAUGUAAAUAAAAUGAUAAAUUUAUUCA